UCAAGCAGGGGCGGCCUCCGGAGCAGUGUAGAUGGAACCGUCGAUAAGUUAAAAGAGAAGGCCAAAGAUGCUAUCGACCGACGAGGAAGUUCCGAGUCGGCCAGACGAGUAUCUACUGUCCUAGGCCGUGUUAAAAGUCACCGCAAAAAGAAUCGCAGAGACGAUGACAACGACGAUGGUAAGAACAAUAGAAAGACGCAGGCUAGUAUCAUCUUUCUCGACGACAGCAUCUUCAGCGCUUCCCGCAACAGCAAUAAGAACGAAAGCGAAGAUUCCUUGCAGCUUCACGGAAGUGUCGCAAGCAGUCUGUUGACAGAAGAUUCAGAUAUAGAAUCUCCUCCAAAUCGACCAUCGCUUACCCCACGUCACUCACACCGAGGCUAUCUGACCUUGUCCUCUCCCUUGAUAACAACCGAAACCUUCAGUACCGUAUCUGCCACCCAUUUCGAGGUGCGGGCGCCCUCAGAAGACAAUCUGGCUCCACGUCACGCCAAAACCCUCGAUGCUCCCUCGAGGGCGCACCGUAGUCCGUCCCCGGCCGGGAAAUUAAGAGACGCUUUCGUUCCCACCAGGAAAGGUACUGCGCAGAAACCAGGCAGUGACACCGAAUCGGUCAAAUCCGGUACUAGCGGAGGUGGCUUCGGAGGCAUCUUCGGGAGCAAGAAGGGUGCAGGUUCAAGGCGUGGCUCUAAAGCCUCUGAGGAUCUAGCCGCCCCGUCCGAUCCCACCGAAGCACUACCACCAGUGCCACCGAUUCCUGCUCUUCAUACCAAAUCGAAAUCCCUGGGGACGACUGGAAGCAGCACAAGCCUGAGCCGAACUGCUACCAAUGCGCCAGCUACGCCACCGAAGACCAUAGAAAUCCCUCCGGAAACACUCAUAACACCCCCAACACCCACUGAAACCCGACAUAUCCUUCCCGAGCUUCAUACUGUUUCUUCAGCUCCAAAUCCAGACAUCGUCAUAUCCCCUUCUGGACAAAUGAUAUCGCAUAGACGUGCAAGAUCAACAACCAACCCUCCAAGUAAACUUUCCCAAUCAAUACCAUUAACACCAACUAUCGAAGAAACCAAAACACCCGGUGGCACUGUCUCAGUUUCCUCGCAGUCUGGUGGCUUCUUCUCGUCUGUAUUUUCCGCAGCUCAAAACGCCGCAAAUCAGCUAACCACCACAAUUGCAAACACCUCAAUUCCCACUGGCAAAUCAAAUAAAUCCGGGAGCGGUCCCGCUGCUGCGACCAUUGACACUCCCGGUGAGGCUGGAGGUGAAGAAGUCAUCAUUGGUAGCUCUCAACGAGACGGCAGUUCUGACAGCGUGACCGAGAAAAAGGAAUUAGCCGUCGAAACCCUGGGGUCUGGGAAUCUCAGCUUGAGUCACCUGGGCAUUGUAGAUUCUCCAAAGCCCUUCACAAUGCCUGCAAGAAAAAAAGGUUCUAACUCUGACUUCAGCCAGACGGCCGCUCAAGAAGAACAUGCUUCCGCCAAGGCAGAAGGUUCAGCCGCAGCUCAAGCGGUGUCUGCAGCAUAUGCCUCCGAGAAGUCCCCACCGCCGCCAUCUGAGCCUGCCGAACGCCCUCGGUCUAUCGCGAGUCUUACGGGUGUGAACACGCCACCGCGCACUCAGUCAGUGGGACCAGACUUGGCAACUCUUGCUCGGAGCGGAAGUGUUCGAAGUCGACUUAGUGGUGGCCGACGACAGCGACAUCGGGGUAGUUCGGCUACGACCCAAGGAAACACUAUUGCGGCUGCUAUCGGUGCAAGUACUGCCACCCUUGCGAACCCUAACAGCACAUUCGGCACGCAAGGCAAAAGAUACGCUGUACAGAAUGCGAAGCGAAAUCGGGAUUUUCAUCAACUGUUUCGUAGCGUGCCUGAAGACGAAUAUUUAAUUGAGGAUUACAGUGCAGCCUUACAGCGUGACAUACUACUUCAAGGAAGGCUAUAUAUCUCUGAAGGACACGUCUGCUUCUCAAGCAACAUUCUAGGAUGGGUGACCAAUUUGGUCAUCAGCUUUGAUGAAGUUGUGUCCGUGGAAAAGAAGAACACAGCCAUAGUCUUUCCGAAUGCAAUCGUAAUACAGACAUUGCACGCACGCAAUGUUUUCGCCAGCUUCGUGACGAGAGACACGACGUAUGACCUUAUUGUUGACAUAUGGGGUAUCAGCCAUCCAAAUCUGAAGAGUUCUGCCAAUGGCACUACUCUCGAUGGUCCCGGAACAGGUGACCGUACCGAGCGAGCAGAAUCUAUGGUUGGCUCCGACGAAGGAUCCGCCGAAGAAACAGAUGAAGAGUUUUAUGACGAGGAUGCUGAAGAUCAAGAUGGCCUUGGCAGCUUCACAGAAGCGGGAGAAGGAAGUAUUGCGGAUAGCGAUACAGGCUUUGAACCAACAGUCAGCAGGAAAACAUCUGCCGCUAUUCCUGGCACAACUAUCCAAAACGGCACGGCAAAGGUUACCGACACCGCGGAGUCUGUCGUAUCUGGCGCCGUCACCGCAAACGAUUUCCCUGGAGCUGCAACACAUAGUCCUACCGAAUGCGGCGAUCAAGCUGCACAUUACGACACUCAGUUGAUCGACACGACAAUCCCAGCUCCCCUAGGGAAAGUAUAUUCCAUGAUGUUCGGUCCAGCAUCAGGAGUGUUCAUGAAGAAGUGGUUGAUUGAGGAUCAGAAAUCUCGAGAUCUGCAGAUGGAUGAUGAUAAAAAGGGUCUUGGUGAAGACAGAAAGACAUUUGGGUACUCCUUCAUCAAGCCGCUAGGCGGGUCUAUUGGGCCAAAACAGACCAAGUGUAUCAUCAACCAGACUCUAGAACAGUAUGAUCUGGAAAAGGUAGUGACAGUAGACUGCUCCACGCAGAAUCCUGAUGUUCCUUCAGGUAAUUCCUUCUUAGUCAAGACGAGGUAUUGUUUGAUGUGGGGCCCAGCCAAUGCCACGAGACUUAUCAUGACCUGUACCAUUGAGUGGUCAGCUAAGAGUUGGCUCAAAGGUCCCAUCGAGAAGGGCACAAAUGAUGGCCAGACACAGUACGCGAAGGAUCUGGUCGCUGCGCUCCGAGCUGCUGUUACGGCCAAAGCGCCGGGCAGAGCUGGGCCACGAGGUAAGAUCAAAGGCCGAAAGCGGGAGAGGAAUUUUGACUCGACGGACAAUGCUGGUCCUGGAACGAAUGACAAUGCUUUGGACCGACUGGUGCAGACUCGGUCGUCUUGGGGUCCCUUCGAACCACUUCAUGGCAUACUGAGUCCAGUACUAGACAUCGUGGGGACGUUGACCAAUGGUCCUGUACUUCUCAUGUUUAUCACCGGACUCGUGCUUUGGAUGUGGUUCCGACAACCGAGUACAGGACUCGGCGUAAGAAGCGUCAGUCACGCUCAUCGCAUCGCAGCGUACGAAGAGAUGUGGCAAAAGGAAGAAAGUGAGCUAUGGACAUGGCUGGAAGAGCGGGUUGCAAUGGAUCGCGCAGCAGCUUUUGUGGACGGGAGCACGAUCAGGAACAAACAAAGGAUCUUCAACGUGCAGACACAGCUCGUAGACGAGCAUAUGAGCGAGCUUCAGAUGAAUGAGGCUAUCAAGGUGACCCAGGAAAGACUUGAUACGCUACGACUGGCAGUUAGCGAGCAGAAAAAUCAAAAGAAG